AUGAAUGGGAAUGAUCUAGUGAACUCUUCCAAGAGAGCCCAUGAAGAUAGUCCUAAUGACGGUGCCUUCAAAAGAAAGAAGAGCAUUGCAGGUCCAGAAAAUGGCCACACGAGACAGUCAAAUGGUACCAGCAGUAAAAUUGACGGUACUGGUGCCAUUGAAGCCCCUAUUACUAUGCCAGUGAUUUCAGAAAAUGCUCAAAAAUGGCAAGCGACGAUUGAUAAAGUUAUCAAGAGUGUGGUGGCGAUCAGAUUUUGUCAAGUUGCUAGAUUUGAUUCAGAAUCCGCGAUAGUCAGUGAAGCCACCGGGUUUGUGGUCGAUGCAAAAAAAGGGAUUAUUUUGACAAAUAGACACGUUGUUUCACCUGGUCCAUUUGUAGGACACGCAGUAUUCGACAAUCAUGAAGAAACCGAUGUGAAACCUAUUUACAGAGACCCAGUUCAUGAUUUUGGGUUUUUGAAAUUUGACCCUAAAUCAAUAAAAUAUAUGAAGAUUAAUGAACUUAAAUUGCGCCCGGAUCUAGCUAAAGUGGGUUGUGAAAUCCGUGUUGUUGGUAACGAUGCUGGUGAGAAAUUGAGUAUUUUGAGUGGGUUCAUUUCUAGACUUGACAGAAACGCUCCAGAAUAUGGUUUUAUGACUUACAAUGAUUUUAACACAGAAUAUAUUCAAGCAGCCGCUAGUGCUUCUGGUGGUUCAAGUGGGUCUCCAGUAAUCGAUAUUUCAGGUAAUACUUUAGCAUUACAGGCUGGUGGUCUGACGGAUUCAGCUACAGAUUUCUUCUUACCAGUUCAUAGAGUUCUUAGAGCAUUGAAGUUAAUACAGGCUGAAAAACCAAUCACCAGAGGUACCAUCCAAGUUCAAUGGUACUUAAAACCUUUUGAUGAAUGUCGUCGUUUAGGGUUGUCUGAAGAAGCUGAAGAGAAGGCAAGAAAAUUGUUUCCAAAUAUCAUGAGUUUGUUAGUUGCUGAGACAAUUUUACCAGAAGGCCCAGCGUACAACAAAAUUAAAGAAGGUGAUAUCUUGAUUUCUAUUAAUGGCGAAUAUAUUUCCACUUUCAUUAAGGUGGAUGAUAUUUUGGAUAGCAUAAUUGGUAAUGAUGUUCAUAUUCUCUUGCAGAGAAAUGGUGAGUAUAUUGAAGUCGAUUGCAAAGUUCAAGACUUGCACAAAAUUACUCCAAACAGAUAUUUGCAAAUUAGUGGUGGUUCGUUCAAUGACUUGAGUUAUCAAAUUGCAAGACUGUAUGUGCUUCCAGUCAAGGGUGUGUUUGUCAGUCUUGCUGGGGGUACUUUCAAUUUCGGGGGUUCUAGUAAAGGUUGGAUCAUCGAUUCUAUCAACAAUAAGACAACUCAAAAUCUAGAUGAGUUUAUCAAAGUCAUGGAAACUAUUCCUGAUCGUGAAAUUGUCCCAAUCAAAUUUAGACACUUGAAUAGAAUUCAAUCACAAAAAUCUGGAGUGGUUUUCAUUGAUCGUCACUGGUAUGGCGCGACUUUGGCCAUUAGAAAUGAUGAAACUGGUAUCUGGGAUUAUAAAGAGUUGGCCAAAUCUAUACCACCAAACCCAUCAAAAACUCUCAGUGCUAAAUUCAUUGAUGUUCCAAAUGUUAAGCCAGGAUGUGCUAAGUUAGUUAGAAGUUUCGUCAUGGUUAACACUCGUUUCCCAACUGCUCUUGACUCAUAUCCAUUUUCAAGCUGUAAAGGUUACGGGGUGGUUGUUGACGCUAAAAAAGGUUAUGUGAUUGUCUCUAGAAAAUAUGUCCCACAUGAUAUGUGUGAUGUUCUUGUAACAAUUGCCGAAUCAAUUAUUGUUCCUGCCAAAGUGGUUUUCAUGCACCCAACUUAUAACUACUCUGUGAUCCAGUAUGAUCCAAAAUUGGUUAAUGCCGAUGUUAUCAGCCCUAAAUUUUCUAAGACACCAAUAAAUAGAGGUGAUUCCUUGAACUUCAUUGGUUAUAAUUACAAUUUCAGAGUUUUAGCCUCAACAACUUCUGUCACUGACUUGUUAUCGAUCAAUGUUCCAUACUCUCACGCAUGUCCACGUUAUAGAGGUUUGAAUUUGGAAAGUGUUGUGAUUGACAGUACAACCUGUGGUGAUUGUGAUUCAGGUGUUUUAGCAGAUGAUGAUGGAACCAUUAGAGCAAUUUGGUUGGAGUAUCUAGGAGAGCUUGGAUCGGAUGGUGAUGUUUCGUAUAGAAUGGGUAUUGAUAUUGUCCAUAUGAACAAUGUCAUCGAAGCUUUGAAGAAUGACAAAACCCCAAGAGUCAGAAUAAUUGAUGCCGAAUUUUAUGCUCUUACAAUUUCCAGUGCCAGAUUACAGGGUGUUUCUGAAAAAUGGAUUGCUGAAUUAGAAAAAAUCGGAACAGACAGAUUCCAAUUCUUCUGUGCUUCAAGAGUUACUUGUGCGGAGGAUGCCAUCAGAGUUGCAGAAUCAAAAGAUGAUGAAAAGAAGAAGAAUGAUGAAGAAGAAUUGGAUAAAUUGAAGGUUGGUGAUAUUGUGUUAGCACUUAACGGUACUUUAGUUCACAGAAUAACCCAGUUACACGAUUUUUCAUUCGAAGAGGAAAAGGAAGUUGAAUUGACUAUUGUCAGAAAUAGUAAAGAAAUAACAAUUAAAGUGAAGACAACGGAAGUGGGUAGUAGUGAUCAUUACGUUGCCUGGAGUGGUGCCAAUAUUCAAGAACCACAUCAUAGUGUCCGCCAAGAAUUAAAGAAUUUGCCAUCCAGAGUUUAUGUUUCUCAUACCUCAUCUGGCUCACCAGCUCAGCAAUACGGGAUCGCACCAACUAAUUUCAUCACUCAUGUUAAUGAAAUUGCAACUCCAACUUUGAAAGAGUUCAUGGAGCAAAUCAAAAAAAUCCCAGAUAACACUUAUUGUAAAUUGAGAAUGUGUACUUUUGAACGUAUUCCUUUUGCGAUUAGUUUGAAAACAAAUUAUCACUAUUUCUCAACCGUGGAAUAUAAGAGAAACACCGAGGGAAACUGGGACAUAGCUUCUUAUGAUAAAGAUUUCAAGGCUAAGAAGGAUGUUGUAGUUCAAAAAACUUCAUAUUAA